AUGGCUGGUUUCCAGCCUGAGGCAAUAGGGAACUACUAUCUUCCUCGAGCAAAGAUUCAACCUCCCGAUUCCCUCGUACGGGCUCUUUGGCCAUGGAUCGAUCAAUGGCUUGCCUGGUUUAAUUCCAACGACCCUACAAAUGAGCCGCCUCCGAGUGAGGCUACCGGCCCAGAAGAUCGGGAUGAUAUGGCAGCCCAAGGAUUCUUACAGCUGCUUAAUCAACUACGGAUAAUCCUCCUCCAGGACUCAGUUCUUCUUCAGGCACAAUUUCCUCAACAUUCAAUGUGGGACGACCCUAUUUUUGCACGAGAGGACUAUACUACGUUUGCAGAGCAGAUACGGCAGUCCCUUCUUUGUACGGAGACCCCUCAGGAGAUUCAGCUCCGGCAGACCCUUCCUAUUAUCGCCGAUAGUCUUAUUGUCCUCCAGAAGGACAUACAUCAGGCGGUUGAUCUCCACGGCUAUCAGGCUCAUGAACAGCUUAGGAAGAUUGCUCACCAACUUCAGGAUCUCCUUUCUGGUCAAGUCACCUUUGCCGUACGGGCCAUAGACACCUCUACUAUUGGAGCACGGACGCCAGACUCAUUUUCCCCGUCUUCUCAGCUAGCAGCAUGUCUAUCUGAGGCAUCGGCUAUACAGCCUCCUCUUGCUCCUACUCCUUCAGAAGAGCAGCAGCUGUCUUCUCCGUCGCCCUGUCGAUCUCUCUACUCCCUCUCUCGUACGAUCCAGACUGUGCCAGAGGUCUGGAGAGAGUGGACAUGUGGGUUAGGGGCAAAUCCAUCUGUCCAGUCAUUAUAG